AAGAAUAAAAUAAACUAGGGCCAAUCAUGGACGGUCUUGCUCAGCUGUUAUUCAAUGGGCUGUGAGCUUGUAAGACUGCUGCUCGAAUCAACAAGAUUUUUCCAAAAUGGUGCUCGAAAGUACUAUGGUUUGUGUGGACAACAGCGAAUAUAUGCGAAAUGGAGACUUUCUACCCACAAGGCUGCAAGCGCAGCAAGAUGCCGUCAACAUCGUGUGUCACUCCAAAACACGUAGCAACCCUGAGAACAACGUGGGCCUCAUCACCAUGGCCAAUAACUGUGAGGUGCUGACCACGUUGACGCCAGAUUCUGGACGCAUCUUAUCCAAACUUCAUGCUGUGCAGCCCAGAGGCAACAUCAGCUUCUGCACGGGCAUUAGAGUGGCUCAUCUGGCUUUAAAGCAUCGCCAAGGUAAAAACCACAAGAUGCGGAUCAUCGCCUUUGUGGGGAGUCCCGUGGAGGAUAACGAAAAGGAACUUGUCAAAAUGGCUAAGCGCUUGAAAAAGGAGAAGGUGAAUGUGGAUAUUAUCAAUUUUGGAGAGGAGGAGUUAAACACAGAGAAGCUGACGGCCUUCAUCAACACACUGAACGGCAAGGAGGGGGCAGGAUCUCACCUCGUCACAGUCCCCCCAGGGCCCAGUCUGGCAGACGCUCUGCUCUCCUCACCCAUCUUAGCGGGCGAGGGUGGCUCCAUGAUGGGCCUUGGCGCCAGCGACUUUGAGUUUGGUGUCGACCCCAGCGCCGAUCCGGAACUUGCCCUGGCCUUGCGCGUGUCCAUGGAGGAGCAGCGUCAGAGGCAAGAGGAGGAAGCCCGCAGAGCCACGGCUGCGUCAGUGACCGAGGGCAGCGUGCCUAUGCCCGCAGUGGAUGAAUCAGAGGAGGCUUUGCUGAAGAUGUCCGUGUCUCAGCCCGAGACGGGCGCCGCCGUGAUACCUGACUUCAGCAGCAUGACGGAGGAAGAGCAGAUUGCCUAUGCCAUGCAGAUGUCUCUUGCCGGAGGAGAAUAUAGUGAGAUGGACACAGGUGUUCCAAUGGAGGCUACAGACUCUGUCAAAGAGGAAGACGACUACGACGUAAUGCAAGACCCAGAGUUCCUGCAGAGCGUGCUGGAGAACCUGCCCGGCGUGGACCCCAACAACGAAGCCAUCCGCAACGCCAUGGGCUCCCUGGCCUCACAGACGGGCAACAAGCCUGAUGCCAAAAAAGAUGACGAGAAGAAGAAAUGAGAGACAACCAACAUUUAGACAUAAAAAGAUCUUGAAACGUUCAUGUUUAUCUACCACCCUUUUUGUGACUCCUUAAAGCACCUCAAUAAACAGCCAUUCAUCCUU